AUGACCCAAACUCUGCCUCCCUCCGAGCUCGACGGUGGUCCUCCGCCUCCCCACGGUGACUCUGUCUGGUCCAUUUACCAGCACGGCAUCGACAUCGAUCCCAGUCGCGCCGCCCUCAUCUCCCUCUAUCAGCCCGCCAACCACCUCGAAGCCCUCGUCGGCAAGCCAUCAUCCCCCGUCAAAUCAACAGUCGACCCCAAAUACCAAGACUCGAUGCUGAUCUGGUCCUUCGACCAAAUGGCGCGCGGAACCGCGCGUCUGGGUGCCAUCCUCGACAGAUACAAUGUCCCCGCCGACUCGACAAUUCUCACAUUCAUUCCGCAUGGCGCCGAGUGGUCCCUCGUCAUGUGGACCGCGGCGCUGAAGUGCCAUACCCUCGUCUGUCGAACUGUGCAGUUACUUCACUCUGACCUGCCCGAGGACGAGGAGUUGAUGGGGUAUUACUUCCGUCGGCUGAGGCCCGCGGUGGUGGUCGUGGAAGACGAGGCGUCCGUUGAGAUUGUCGAAAAACUCCGUCUGGAAGCGGCGGUAGCGACAGCGACACCGGCAGACAGUGAAGCAUCUGAGUCUGGCAACGGCAACACCAGCAAUAGUUUCUUCCUAGGCAUCUGCCUCUCCCCUCUCACCAACCCCGCCCGCCGCGCAUCUAGUGGUAACGGUGGUAACGAUGGUAACUGGAUCUCCUUCGCCACAGACAUCGCCUCCCCCCAGCCACCUUUUACCAACCAAGAAAGCAGCAUCUCGUCUCAACAACGAACAGUCCGCGAAGACCGACCCGAUCGCAUCUCCAACAUUUUCUUCACAAGCGGCACCUCAGCCUCGCAACCCAAAGGCGUGCCGCGCACGACGAGAAACGUGUGCGCGGCCGUUACUUCGCACACCGCCUGGUCCGCCCCUUCGCCGGGCGGCGUCAAGCGGCCGCAAACAACAGGCCUAAUCUUCGCGGCCAACAUGAUGGCUUUAUCCAUGACCUCGCCUUUGAUCCAAUGGCACGUCGGCGGUGCCGUGGUCAUUGCCAGGGUUUCGAGCCCAAAAAAGAUCCGGUCGGUUAGGGGUGUGUUCGUUAGUGGCGAGAUCAUCACGGUUGGGUAUCUGGAGCGGUUGAGGGAGCUGUUGGGCGUUGGUGCCGAAGUGGUGUUUGUGGCGGGGUUUGGGAUGACGGAGGGGGUGGGGGGUUUGGGAUAUCCCCCUGGUACUUUCCUGAAGAAGGACGGAGGAGGAGCUGGAGGAGGGCUGAAGCCGUUGGGAGAUGUGAUGCCGGUGGGAACGGCCACGCCGGGGUCGAGGGUUAAGGUUGUUGACGUCGACAAGGAGGGGAACUUGCAGGCUGCUGCUGCUGCUGCUGCUGCUGAUAAGGAGUGGGAGGUGGUGCCUAGGGGCAAGCAGGGCGAGCUGCAUAUCUCGAGCGAGGCGUAUAUCGAUGGGUAUCUGGAUGGGUUUGCGCAGCAGAUGUUUUAUACCGACAAAGAGGGCAGGAAGUGGUUUCGCACUGGAGAUCUGGCCGUGAUUGAUGAGAAGGGAAUGGUGUUUGUGGUGGGCAGGAUGAAGGAUGUCGUGAAGAGCUCAGUCGGGUUCUUCAAUCCUACGGCUAUCGAGGCCUUCUUGGCCAGGCACUUGUCGGUUGAGGCCUGCGUAAUCGGUAUCCCGUCCCCUAUGCACGGCGAGAUGCCCUACGUUAUUCUCGACCGCUUGCCCGAGAAUGUGACAGCGAUAGACGUCAACGAGAUGUUCCUUCAGAUGGUGGGAUCGGGGUUUUCGCUGGGCGAGGUGGUCACGUUGGAAGAGCUGGGGUUGGAUGGUUGGCCACUCACUAUCACUGGCAAGGUGCGGAGGCAUCAGUUGCAGAAAAUUGCCGUGGCGUAUUUCAAGACCAAGGAUACCAGCGGUUAUGCUUUGGACGGUUAG